CACCUCCACCAGAGCGUGUGGUGUGAUAUCCUAGUCUGUCUUCAAGCCGCGCAAGAUAGACACGAGUCGCAAAUAUGGCCGUUGGAAAGAACAAGCGCUUGUCGAAGGGCAAGAAGGGUGUUAAGAAGAGAACUGUUGACCCUUUCACCCGGAAAGAUGAGUACUCUGUUAAGGCUCCCUCUACCUUCCAGACUAGAGAUGUUGGAAAGACUCUGGUGAACCGUACCAGUGGUCUGAAGAACGCGAACGAUUCCCUGAAGGGCCGUAUCUUCGAGGUCUCUCUUGCCGACUUGCAGAACGACGAGGACCAUGCCUUCCGUAAGGUCAAGCUCCGCGUGGAUGAGAUCCAGGGAAAGAACUGCCUGACCAACUUCCACGGUCUGGAUUUCACGACCGACAAGCUGCGAUCCCUUGUGCGCAAGUGGCAGUCGCUGAUUGAAGCCAACGUCACUGUGAAGACGACCGAUGACUAUCUUCUCCGUCUGUUCGCCAUCGCCUUCACGAAGAGACGCCCCAACCAGAUCAAGAAGACUACAUAUGCUCGCUCGUCCCAAAUCCGCGCUAUCCGCAAGAAGAUGACCGAGAUCAUGCAGCGCGAGGCCGCUAGCUGCUCUCUCGCUCAGCUUACUACCAAGCUCAUUCCCGAAGUUAUCGGCCGUGAGAUUGAGAAGGCUACCCAGGGAAUUUACCCCCUGCAGAACGUCCACAUCCGCAAGGUCAAGCUUCUCAAGUCUCCCAAGUUCGACCUCGGUGCGCUUCUGAACUUGCAUGGCGAGUCUACAACCGAUGACAAGGGACACAAGGUUGAGAGAGAGUUCAAGGAACAGGUCCUUGAGAGCGUUUAAGCUCUAGCUAUUCGCUGGUCAUGGAUUCUGGUUGCUCUGCCAUCUUGGGUUCACGGUGCCACUGCUCCAAGUAUGAUAAGUUUAUGUCAAAAGUAGUGUCGUUAGCCAACAAAUGACAGUAUAUGCAAGUUGUUCACAACGCCACGCAGCUUCUCAGCUAGGCCUUAUCACUGGGACGUUUUAAUCUUAUUCAUGGGUAAAGCGAAAG